AUGGAUUUGCUUAAAGUGCUACCCAUAGGAACAGUUUAUUGUGCAUCUUCGGAAUGGAACAAUUUGUCAAAUGUUGCGGAAUCAAUUCAUCUCAAGGAUGGCAACAGAGAUACUUUUCGCGAUGAUUGCCAUUCUGGGCAUUACGAUGGAGUGUUAGUAAUAAUAAGAUGUGAAGAUGCUUACAAAGCUGGCUACGAUCAACUUGAUAUCAAUGCCUGCACUAUUAAAAGUAUCGCCGUCUCAAACUCCCCAGCGAAUAUUGGUAAUGCAACAGCUGAUGCUACUAUGUACCUCUUGCUUGAUUCUCUACGCCGAUCAUGGAUUUCUUCUUUGUCCAUUAGAAAUGGUAAAUGGCGUGGGCAUGCUGGGCUAGGACAUGAUCCGGAAGGCAAAGUUCUGGGGAUACUCGGCAUGGGCAAUAUUGGUAGUGUAGUAGCCAAACGUGCCGCAGCGUUUGACAUGCAUAUUCAAUAUUACAACCAAAAUCCUCUUCCCGUGGAAAGGACACCUCCAGGCACCAAAUAA